GUGGAAUGAGCCCUAUGCUUGGCAACUCUGUCAUGGUGUUUCUCCACUGCCAGAUGGUGAUUUUCAUCCCCAGUAUGUUUUAUAAUAGAGCCCUGAGGGGUUAUUCAUGCAAAGCCUCCGGAUCAUCUGGGCAAAUGUAGAAGCUACUGUUUAUCAAAGCUAAACAUCCUACCUGUAUCUGAGUUGCUGAAACAAGACUGCCUAGAGGGAAGGCUGGCACAGUGAGGAUUCUUUCAACCAUGGGUGGAAAACUUUCACUGUUCUGGAAAACACCUGGCCAAAAGGAGAGUGAAGGCAAACUGAUCUUACCCAGGCAACUGGAUGCUGAAGAUGAAAUCACCAAUUAUGCUAGUAUCAAUGACUCUGCUACAGCCUGCGUGGGCACUGCACGUCGAAGCUAUGUCAACUGUCCAACAUGUCAGGGAACAGGAAGGAUCCCUGGGGAGCAAGAGAAGCAGCUGGUGGCUCUGAUUCCAUAUGGUGACCAGAGGCUGAAGCCUAGACGAACGAAACUCUAUGUAUGUCUUGCUGUGACAAUCUGCCUGCUGACAACAUCUCUCAGUAUUUUCUUCCUGUUUCCUCGCUCCAUUACUGUGCUGCCUGCAGGGCUGAAUGCCUCCUCCAUUGGCUUUAAUGCCACCACCACCAGUAUAUACCUCAACAUGACGAACGUGCUGAACAUAACUAAUAACAACUUCUACCUGGUCGCUGUUGUGCAGCUAGACGUAGAGGUUUUGCACCAGUCCCUAGUAGUAGGGAAGACCACCGUGAAAACCCAGCUGAAUAUGAGCCCUUUGCAGAGCGGCCAGAUCUAUUAUACGGUGGCCAGUAGGAUAUUGGACGACAACACCUAUAACAUUUGCACCUGGACAAAAGUCAGAGUUCACAAUGUUCUGCUGCAUAUACAGGGUACCCUGACCUGCACAUACCUAUGUCAUUCAGAGGAACUGGCUUUUGAAGACUACCAGUAUGUGGACUGCCGGGGGAAUGCCACGCUACCUCACCCAUUGUACCACUGCCCACCAUGACAGAGCCAGAUUGGCAGAGCUUUUGCGUGCAGCAUAUUCCACCACAAAGGCAAGUCAUAGGGAGACAAACUUCUGGGGGUUCUUCUCUAUCUAUGCCUUAAACAGGAGGCUCGGUGUUUCCUGGAUAAGGAAAGACUUCCAUCUCUCAUGCAAAGUUGGUAACAUACUUGGCCUUAUGAAUGUGGACUCUACUGCCCUCAGAUUGCAGCUUUCUUUUUUCAGUGCCUUAUCAUGGCUGAUGCUUCAGCAGAUUGACCAGUGCGUGGGGUGUCUCUGUGUGGCUGAUAGGAGUGGGCCACACUAUGUUUCACUGCUACUUUGGAGGCAGUGCCCUAUUAGUCAGACUAACUCUGGUUGUUUCCUCCUUGCAUAAUUUUGCACUUCUGUCCUGAAUUUUAAGUAUUUCAUAACUUGGAAAAGGACUAUGAUGAGACUUUUUGGCUGGAUUGCAUCUGCAUCACCAGAAUCUAAUGACACUUGCACAACCUGCACAACAAGAGCAAGAAACAGGACUGAUGUCUCUCUCUCUGAGUCUUAAGAAAAACUACUGCAUGUCAUGUCAAAACACCUUGUGAGGGUGACUCUUGGGUGACUGCUGUUUUAAGCUGUCCAGUAUAGCGGGUGAGAAUAUGCAUUUAUAUAUAUAUAUUUUUAAAACAAGCUCAUCCACUAGCCAUUCCUUAAGGGCAUCCAUUUCAGUGAGAAGAAAAUGCAUUUUGUAUCAUGAACAAAAAAGAUUGCUGCUUUGCUGCCAGUGGUGGUUGGUGGCCAGCACGUGCUGUUUGUGGUAUUGUUUUCUUGAAUGCUUUGGCAUUUAAUGCUUUCAACUUGAACAAGCAUGAAAGAGUUCAUAUCUGACUGGAAAAGCUUAGUUUGCACAAAUAUCAGGAAACAGCUGGUGUGGGGGUGUGGUGUUUUGGGUUUUUUUGUCUAAAGCUGUAAAACUACCCAACAUACUUUACAGGAGGAACAGCCCUGGCAGCCUUCUCUCCUCCCAGGGCUGGCAGUUGUAUCCCCCAAAUGAUGAAGGGGUUAAAUGUUAUUCCUUAGGUUCUAGUUUAGAUGCUGCCUGAUGCAUUCUAGAUGGUAAAACAGGAGCCUGGGAGUUCCUGGACUAAAAUUUUUACUCAGCAGUUCAGCAUUUUCCUGCAUCUGUCCCACUGAAGGAUAGAACCAAAGCGUCAGAAUAGUUGAAGACUAUUGAAGUUGAAGAAAGUCUCUGAUCCUGUCUUCAAAAUAUGCUUCCUAAACUAGCACCUCUUACAGAGCUGUUGCGGAGUGUUGCUCCUCACUGUACCAUCCAUUAAGAUCACACUGAAAUGGUAACUAGUCAGCUUUCUCCCUGAAGCAGGGAUGAAGAAGCUCCAUGUCCCAUUCUGAAAUCCUCCCUGCUCGUCACAUCUCUACAGUGCUUUUUAUUUGCCAUAUUGUUGAUUCUGCUACGCACUUCCCUCCCCUGCUGUUGAGUUUCCAGCUGUGCUUCUAUAGUGCUGUUAUCUACCUGUACCGUUAUCAUCUGUUCACAAAUAAAGGGCCUUGUGCAACCA